ACUGGACACAAAACAAAUCAAUAUAAUACAAGUCAUCCAAAAUGAAAAACCAUAUUCACAUUGUAUUUCUCUUUUCCCAGCUCUUCUUGAUUUUGAGCCUUGGUGGCUUUGUUUCAUGUACUAAAGAAACAAAGGUGUAUGUAGUAUACCUUGGAGAGCACAAUGGAGACAAGACUUUGAAAGAAAUAGAAGAUCACCACUGUUCAUUUCUUCAUUCUGUCAAGGCUACUUCUUCCAAAGAACAUGUAAGAGCGUCACUUGUUCACAGCUACAAGAACGUCAUCAACGGCUUCUCUGCUUUGUUAACACCACAAGAAGCUGAUAUGAUAUCAGGGAUGGAAGGGGUAAUAUCAGUAUUUCACAGUGAUCCUCAUACAAUAAAGCCUCAUACUACUAGAUCAUGGGACUUUGUGAAAUUAUUGGAAGGAACUUCGCUGAUAAAUUCUGAAGAAGAAUUGCUGCAAAAUGCAAAUUAUGGAGAGGAUAUCAUUGUUGGGGUUUUGGACAGUGGGGUGUGGCCAGAAUCUUCAAGUUUCAAUGAUGAAGGAAUGGGACCAGUUCCAAAGUCAUGGAAUGGAACUUGUCAAGAAGGUGUUGCCUUCAACGCCUCCCAUUGCAACAGGAAAUUAAUUGGAGCGCAAUACUAUUUAAAUGGUUACGAAGCACACUAUGGUCCUCUUGACGAGACUAGGGAGUUUCGAUCACCGAGAGAUGUAGACGGUCAUGGUACUCACACAGCAAGCACAGUGGGUGGCCGAAGAGUUGCAAAUGCAUCAGCAAUUGGUGGAUUUGCGAAGGGUACAGCUGCUGGAGGUGCACCAAAUGUUCGUCUCGCCAUCUAUAAAGUAUGUUGGCCACUUCCAAAUGACACGAAACUUACAUGCCUUCCAGAUGACGUUCUUGCUGCUUUUGAUGAUGCCAUAGCUAAUGGGGUUCAUGUACUUAGUAUUUCUCUAGGAUUUUCACCUGUAACAACAACAUAUUACACAGAGGAUCCUAUUGCUAUUGGAUCUUUGAAUGCUGUGAAGAGAAAUAUUGUAGUAGCUUGUAGUGCUGGAAAUGAUGGUCCAACACCUUCAACUGUUGGAAAUGUAGCGCCAUGGAUUAUCACAGUUGGUGCUAGUAGCAUCGAUCGAGUUUUUUCAUCUCCAAUUAUGCUCGGAAAUGGCAUGAUCGUCGAGGGAGAAACAGUAACUCCAAUAAUGAGGAGGAAGUUGCAUCCCUUGGUUUAUGCAGGAGAUGUAGAAAUUACAGGCAAUACAACAAGUAAUGCAACAGGAGAAUGUCUUCCUGGUACACUAUCAAAAAAUCUUGUCAGAGGAAAAGUUGUCAUCUGCAUAAAUAGUACUCCACAGGCAUCAAUGGAAGUGAAUAGAGCUGGAGGUGUUGCAGCUAUUUUACUUAAUCCAUUUAAUGAGAUACAAGUCAUUCCUUUUCUGGAUCCCACAACAGUUGCUUUUUUAGAUGGCAUAAAUACAAUCCUGGCAUAUAUACGGUCUGAAAAAAAUCCAAUGGCAACACUUCUCCCAGGGAAGACAUUGAUAGGUACUAAGCCAGCACCCGUCAUGGCUCCUUUCAGUUCCAAAGGACCAAAUCUUAUCGAUCCUAACAUUCUCAAGCCGGAUAUAACUGCUCCUGGAUUUAACAUACUAGCAGCAUGGACCGAGGCAUCAUCUCUCCUGAAAAUACCUGAGGAUCGUCGUUUCGUUAAGUACAACAUCCAAUCUGGAACAUCCAUGUCUUGCCCACAUGUUGCAGCUGUAAUUGCACUCUUAAAAUCAAUUCAUCCAGAUUGGAGUAGUGCUGCAAUCAGAUCAGCUCUAAUGACCACAUCAACAAUCAAUAAUGUGGUUGGUAGGCCAAUAACAAAUGCCACUGGUGAUAAUGCAAACCCCUUCGAAUACGGAGCAGGACAUUUCAAGCCAUCAAGAGCUGUAGAUCCUGGACUUGUUUAUGAUGCUACUUACACAGAUUAUCUUCUCUAUCUCUGUAGUCAAAACAUAAGCCUAGAUUCGUCGUUCAGUUGUCCUGAGAAAGUACCUGCGGCGAGUAACCUUAACUACCCAUCACUUGCUAUAGCAAACAUGAGAGGAUCCAGCAGGACUGUCACAAGAGUUGUUACCAAUGUUGGAAAACACAAUUCGACUUACGUUUUAACUUUGAGAUCACCUCCUGGAUAUGUUGUUGAUAUUGUUCCAAAAACCUUACGCUUCAGCAAAUUGGGAGAGAAACACAGCUUCAACAUAACAGUAACAGCUCAAAGUAGUACCAAAAGUAGAAAUGAGUUUUCCUUUGGUUGGUACACAUGGAGUGAUGGAGUCCAUAUGGUCCGAAGCCCCAUCGCGGUAUCAUCAUCAGCAGCAUAACUUCCACUAUCGUGUAACUAGAGCAUGAUGUCAUGAAAUUUCAAACUAAAAUAGUUAGUUACCAUACAAUAAUUGAAAUUGCAUUUCUUGCUCAUGUAGAUAAUCGUAUUUGUAUUAUGCAAAAUAAAGAAUUGAUUAUAAAUCUUGUUGCUAUA